AUGUCUGAAGGCAUUUCAGAAAAUACCUCAGUUCCUGAACUGAAAAUAUCAGAUACAUAUAUAAACCAUGAUGAUUUUGUAUUAAAAGUUCAAGAAUACGCGAACUUUUAUAAUUUUCAAAUACGAAAGGAAAAGAGCAUCGAUCAAUACACAAACAGUCUUUGGCAUACUUUGGCUGUAAAAUUAGAUCAUAAUCAUGCAAUGGUUAUUUCUGAACACAAAGAAUUUCUUAAAUCCCACAAGAUAUUAGAAAUCAAAUUAAAAUGUAUCAUCAAGCAGGUUGUAAUGUACCAACUAUUAGAUAAAGGAUUAGAGACAUGGAUUUACGACAAUAUUUACAAUUAUGUAUAUCGAUUAGAUGGUAAAUCACAUCCGCGUUGUUUUGAAGCAAAUGAAUUUAUAAAUACUUUAAAACAAUUUAAAAGAGAAAUUUAUGGAUUUGAAUAUGAGGUGAAAAUUGAUGAAAGUACUAAUGAAUUAACUCAA